CCUCUGAGGUACUUUGAGGAUGUGACAGCAGCUGUGUCAGAGACCAGAGAUAAACUACAGGACAUUCUGAGAGACAAAUGGACAAACAUCUCACUGACUGAAGUGGAUGUUUUACUGUCACCACCACAACCAGAGCCAAAGACCAGAGCUGGAUUCUUAAAAUAUUCACGGGAACUCACACUGGAUCCAAACACAGCACAUUUAAAUGUGGUAUUAUUUGAAGGGAAUAGAAAAGCAAAAGCAAUUAAAAAACAACAGCCUUAUUUUGAUCAUCCAGAUAGAUUCACUAAAUGGUAUCAAGUCCUGAGUAGAGAGAGUUUGACUGGACGUUGUUACUGGGAGGUGGAGUGGAGAGGGAGUGAAACUGAUAUAGCAGUCUCAUACAAGGAUAUUAACAGAUUAAGGACAACAUUUGGAUAUAAUGAUAUAUCUUGGGCAGUGCGCUGUGACAGAAACGGUUAUGAAUUUUGGCACAACAAAGUCCAAACUGUCCUCUCAGGUCCUCGGUCCUCCAGAGUAGGAGUGUACCUGGAUCACAGAGCAGGUAUUCUGUCUUUCUACAGCGUCUCUAAAAACAUGACUCUCCUCCACAGAGUCCAGACCACAUUCACUCAGCCGCUCUAUGCUGGAUUUUUGUUUUCUGAAGGAGACACUGCAGAAUUCAUUAAACUGUAAAAGAUAGAAGAUGCAGUUAGUUUAAAUGUGUCUUUCAGUUUCCAGUUUCAUUGUUAUGGUGUUUAAGCUUCACAUAGAUCACCUGUCAGUCACUCUUUAUAAGUUCUACUUUCAGAUUUUAUUAAUUGUCUUCUAGUUAAUUGUUGUUUUUGUUUGAUUUGGCGCUACUUACUGUGUUUGUUUUGCCAAAGAGGCUCUCACUGCUCAUGAUUUUUAUUCAGCAAAGGUAACAUUGUAUAGUUUGGUUUGGAAAUAUUUUCCGGAUUUUACUGAUUUCGCGUUUGAACAAAAUGAAGUUUUAAAUCAGGGCUGAAGCAGUUUUUUUUGUCAUAUAUGCUUAAGUGUGUCAUUAUCAUUCUUGUUUCCAAUAUUGUCAGGGAGUAUUCUAGUAAUAUUUUGUAUUAUGGUUUAUAUUCAGGUUCAUUUAUAGUCUUAGUUAUUCUAUUGUGAGUUUCUCUUAUUCCCUGUUUAGCUUUUGAUUAUUAGACUCCCGCUUGUGUCUUUGCCCUCUGUGUCUCUCUCUUUGUGCUGUAUUUAUAUAUAUUGAGUUCUUGUGUCUUGUUUCCCUCCUCGUGUUUCAUUCUUUGUUCUCCAAUGCUUGCCAUGUGUAUCCAUGUUUCCCCAGUCUGUCAUGUCUCUCUUGUCUCCUCUUUCACUCCCUCGUACUCUCUCGGCUGCCUUUCCUCUACUCCUGUGUUAUGUCCCUCUGUUUCCUGUUUGUCGUGUUUCCAUGUUUGGUGUGUCUGGUUUUGCUUCCCGAGAUGAAAUGUAAAAAAACUCAUGUGUAUCAACAAUGGACACGUGUGGAACACAGUUUGUAAAAGUUUGUGUCUGAAGACCUUUGCAUUUGUUUUCAUAGUUUUUAACAAUAUUUUUGUUAAAACGUUUAAAUCAACCAUUAAUAGGGACUUAAAAAAAGCAUAUACCACUUCCCUGUUUGCAAUAUUCAAGACGAUUUAAGAAAUGUAGUAAAUGUAAAUGCAAAUGUAGUAAAGACAAAGCUGGAAUCCAUAUUAAAAAAUCAAGUUUGACAUUGUUUUUCUAAUCCAGUGCAUAACAUUUGGUCUGAGUGGUUUUUUUUUUGGCUGUAGCAAACAAAUUAUUUUGAUGUGAUUUUGCAAGCACAGAAGUUGUCAGCUGAUAAUAAAAAAUAAA